AUGCCUGGCGUUCCGUCCGGUCGUGGGUGCGAGGCUUGUCGGAGGCAGAAGAAGAAGUGCGACCAAACCAAACCCAGCUGUUCGCGAUGCACGCGCCUCGACAUCCCCUGCAUCGGCAGCGGGCAGAAGCGCUACACAUUCAAAGACCAGAUGGUCGUGUGGCGGGACUCGUCUGCCCGGCGCACGCGAUGGGACGUCCGUGUCGCGAGUAUCACAGACGCAGACGCAGACGCAGACGUGGAGGUCGUGCCGCGAUCCCCUACCAACGCGAUGACCACGACGACGACGGCGCUGGCCAGUCUGCUGAACAUGUCCGACGUGCGCUACGAGGUCGUCUACUACGGCGAGUUCCUGAAGGAUCUGCCGCGGCGCAUGGGCAGCAAUGAGGUGUUGGAUGCGUCGAUUGUGGCGCUGACGCAUGGCUAUUCGGCGAUUCAUACGCAUUCGCCGUCGGCGGAGGCGUUGGGGAGUUAUGUGCAUGCGUUGAAGACGUUGCGGUUUGCGCUGCAGGAUCCGAAGAAGACGAGGACGGCGGAGACGCUGUGUGGGAUUUAUUUGAUUAUGAUUUGUCAGAGCUGGCUCGGCAAGCAGGAUGAUAAUUAUGUCAGUCACGGCGAGGCGAUGGCGCAUUUGCUGAGCAUGGCCGUGACGCAGGACUGGAAGGGCGGGUUCAUCAAGGAGAUGCUACUGACCUUUUCGGUUCCAGUGAUCCUCGAAAGCGCCUUCAACCCGCGCAUCAAAAUCGAGCCGUGGUUCUCCACCCUCUGCGAGCGCUACUUCCCAUCCGAGCCAUCCAAACCGGGCCCCUUCCCCAGCCUCAUGCUCAAGAACCUCGCCAACAUUCCGCAGUACAUCCGCGAGCCGGAGCAGCACGCGUUCGAGAUCGAAGCCCUCUACAACGCCAUGCGCAUCGACAUGCCCAAGAUCCGCACCCUGCUGAACGAAACCACCUCGAAGCUCUUCCCCACCCCCGAGGCAAGCCCCGGCAUCGCCGCCAUGCGCACCUUCACGCGCUACCAGGCCGCCUACGGCAUCCUCAUGUCGCUGGGGAUCAUGCUGAAUCGGAUCCUGAGGGAGUUCGACCCGGGCGAUGCGGCGCUGCGCGACGAGGGCGAGAAUAUUUUCGACGAGACGAUGAUCUUGGCGUAUGAGGCGGCGCGGCACAGGCCGUUGGGGUCGGCGUAUAUGCCGCUGUGUCUGGCAUCGGCGUGGGCGGCGACGACGGAUCCGCUGAAGAAGGCGCAGGCGGAGGCGAUUUUGGCGGAGUAUCAGAAGGAUUUUGCAGAGGCGAGGUGGUUGGCGGGGGGUGUUUGGUUGGCGAAGAAGUUUGAGAGUUUGAGGAGGAAGUUGUCGGGGGGGAUCAAGUUCUAGUUUGUCUAGAGGACAUGGCUUGUUAUAGACUGUUAUUUACGUCGGAUUCUUCGGAAGUCAUGUGAAAAUGUAGGGAUAUCUCUGGAUCAGUGUCACCAAAUCCCACUCCACAUUUAAAC